GCGGCGGCCAAUCGGCGUGCGCGAGCCGCGGUGGUGGGGGCGGGACCCCCGAGGCAGCGAUCAGUGACUGUUUAUUGGUGAGUUACAUUGGGUGAGGAGUGAGUUUGAUGAGGAGAGCUGAGCGGGCACAUGGAGAUACCCCACCACACCCUCAGACGCCCGUUGCCGAAACAGGGUGGCAGUGUGGAGAGCCAACGCCGGUCUAACACCAGAGUGGGCUCACUGAAGCCGGUCAGGAACCUCCGCAGGACCCUGAGGAGAAACCGUCCCAACUACACGGUGCACGAGACAGACAACGACAUGCUCCUGAUCAUCUCCAACGAGGAGGAGACGGACAGACGGCCCUCCAAGAAGCUGGGGGUCAGGAGGAGCACUGGUAGGCGGAACCCCAGCCGCAGGGUUAGAGUCAGGCUGCCUCCGAGCUUCUCUCGGCACCGGGUUUCCCUCAAGAAGGUCAGCUCGCGCAGCGCCAAAGCCCUGCACAAGGUGGGGGUGCCGGAGGUGAGGGAGGAGGAGAACGGGCUGCCUGAGGUGGACCGAUGGGGCCAGCAGCUGCCCGCCGAGGUCCUUGUGCACAUCUUCCACUACAUCGUGUCGUCGGAAGGGGCCGUGCCAUUCCUGUGCAGGGUGUCGCGAGUUUGCCGCCUGUGGUAUGGAGCCGCUGCUAGCCCCAGCCUGUGGCACAGAGUCACCAUCGGCUACUGCUGGGUACAGCCCGGUAACCAACAGCUUCCUCCCAUUCAGAGAAAGAUCCAGAACACUCUCGACUGGCUGCGAGUGGCAAGGUUUACACAGCUUCGGGAGUUUUCUCUCUGCCACUGGACCAAUCUCGUGGGUUACGUCAUGCAGGCUGUGACGGAGUCGUGCCCUCACCUGGUGUCUCUGUACCUCACUAACUGUGUCAGCGUGACCUCCGAUGUGUUUGAGCGGCUGGCCACACACUGCCCCAAGCUGGAGAGUCUGAACCUGCAGCAUUCUGUGAUCGACUCCGCGGCUGUGGUCAGCUACUUGGAAGCUGCCGGCCACAAACUGAAGCAGUUUCGUGUGACCUACAGCACCCGUCUGAACUCCAUCUUUAACGCCAUUGUGGGUGGCUGCUGCACUGAGCUACGGCUGCUGGAGGUGAACACCGAGAUCAAACAGAGCAAUGCUUACUUCCAGUUCUGUAUCGAGUUGCUUCAGGCCAGCUGUCCUAAGCUCCAGGUGCUGCGGCUGCUGAACCUGACCUGGUUCCCGAAGGGGAGUGGGGUGGCUGUGUCGUCGGGGGUGGGGUUCUGUCAGCUGGAGGAGCUGUGUCUGGCCACCUCCUCCUUCUCGCUGGUCACCGACGAGGUUCUGGGAAAACUGCUGUUCAUGUCCUGCCGUCUGCAGACCCUGGACCUGCGCGGCUGUUACCGCAUCACUGCCGCCGGACUGCAGCUGCUGCCCUGCCACAACUUGGAGAGGCUGUUCCUGGGGCUGUACUGCAGCACCACCAACCUGGUGCUGGCCAAGCAGGGCUCCGAGCAGAUGGCCCUGAAGUGGCGUCACUCACUCCGGGACCUGGACCUGACCGGCCAGUGCUACAAGGAGAAGGACCUGGAGCAGGCCAUGGGCAUCCUAGCCGGGCCCCAGGGCAACCACGUCCUGCGUUCACUCAACCUCGCCGCCACCAAGGUCACUCUGGACGCUAUCAGGGUGGUGGUGAGCAGCAGCCCAGCGCUCAGCUACCUGAACCUGACCUCCUGCCGCUGCCUGCCGCGGGGACUCAAACGCAUCUACCGCGGCGAAGAGGAGAUCCGACAGUUUGUCAACAAGCUACUGGCCAGCCGCGAGGACCUCAGCUCACCAGGAGAGACGGAGCGCCGGGCAAGGCACUGAGCCGGGGAGGGGGGGACGAGCUGUAGGACCCCCUCCCUCCUCGCUUCCCCCGGCACGCGUCUCCGGGCGAGCAGUGUGGUUGGGGCACGAUGGUGGGGAAAAGAAAUGUGUGCGUAUCGGGUUCUAUAGAGUUGGAAGCACAUGGGGUGAACGGAGGAUAGAAACAUAGGGAACAGCCCCACGCUGGAGCUCGCUCCACUCCAUUCCACUCCACGGUGUGCAGCAAUAAAGUGGUUAUCCAACUGUUCCUGCUGUGCCUCAGCCUCCUGCCUGCCGCAACCUCCCCCUCCUCCCCCACUGACC